GAAAAAGAAGAAAGGAACUUUUGCCGCCACACCACCACCACGUCCACAUCCAAGUACUGGGUUCGAAGAGCGGCUACUACACAGAAAUCCAGGAGACCUAACAAGCAGCAGCGGCGGCGGCGGCCCAGAACAGAAUUAUGUAACAACAGAUGCAGAUGCACCGGCAUCGGAACUGGCAACUGGCCCGCAAAUUUGCAAGUCAAGUCACUGGAGAUGUCACUCUUUUGGGAUAGACAACGACAACUCGGACAGCUGAGCAAAGCAACCGCCGCCUCGCCGCCUGGUUGUUGAACUUAAUCUCGGAAUGAUGGUGCAACAUUCGCCGAGUGUCCGUUGUCCUGGCAAGGUUGUUAUGGACGCACAAUGUUUGUUUGUUGUUGCAAACACGGCCGAAUGGCCAAGAAAAGCCAUGAAACACCGCUACCCCAUCAGCACUCACUUUAUUAACACGAAUCGAUACCACCGAAGAUGAUCUCACGCCGUGACAAAUUGCUCCAGCAGCCCUGGGAGCAGCUGCGCUAUGCCCAGCACCGCGAAAAAGUCAUGUCCGCCCGUCCGGCCAUCGACUCACAUUCGCCCCGAGUCCACGAGCACGUCCAGCGCAAGUGGAAGAAGCAGCAGGUCGAGCGGGAGCGCCAGGAGCAGAUCGAGCGGGAGAACCUCCGUCUUCUCCAGAAGCUGGGCGACAUAAUGCGGACCAAGCGCAUCAAUAACCUUUGGCUGGAGCCAAGGCCGAAUUUCCUCAAUCGUGAGAAGCUAUUCCCCACCCGUCCCUACUCCAGCCUGCCCGAAAUCGUUACAAUCUAUGGAAAGCAACCGCCAGGACCGCUCAUCUACGGCAUACUGCCCAAGCCAAAGGUGAUGGGUCGCUGUCCCACCUGCAGCGGGAAUCCGGAGCGCACUGAGGUGGCUAUACCGGAGCAAAGGACUCCUUGGGCGCCGGAGAGAAAGUCUUGGAACCGUAAAACCAGCGAGCAAACAAAGCAACAUCGUUGUUACCACUGCGGCUUCGUCAAGAGCAGCGAACGCAAGUUUUUCGAGGAAUUCUCGUACUCCUACACAUACGACGAAUGAUGAAGCCAGAUGGCAAGUAAUAAAACGAAA